AUGGCGGCGGCGGGGCCCGCGGGAAGGGCACGCGGGGCUCGGGACGCGGGGGCCGCGCGGCGGGGCGGCGGGGGCCGGGGGGCGGCGAGGCCGCUGUCUUCGCUCGCUCUGCCCGCGGCGCCCCGGGGCGCUCUGUCUCAUGACCCUCGGACCGGCCGAGAGGGGGGCUCGCCGGGGGUCCCGAGCCGGCGGGCGGCGGGGCUGGCGGAGCGGCGGCGGCGGCGAGUGCACUGCGGAGCUGCCGCGGGGCGCGGGCUGCGGAGGGCGGCGGCGGCGGCGGCGUCAGAGCCGCUACGCGGGGCUGGCGCGGCGCCCCCACCCUUGCGCAGCCCAGUGCGCGCCCGCCCCUCUCAGUCCGACGGGCGCGCGGCGGGGCGGGGUGCGGGUGUCGCGGGGAGCGAGGGAAACGCCGGGGGCGGGAGCCGCGAGGAGGGGGCGAGGAGGAGAGAAGGGGCGGCCAGGGGGUCUCGGAAGCGUGGGGAGAAGGGGGUCGGGGAAGGGCGCCCGUGGGAAGGCGGCGGCAGGCGGGCGCGCGGAGGAGGGGGGUCGGGGGCGGGGUGGGCGCUGAAGUGCUGCAUUUCUUGGGGAGGUGCUAAGCUCGGCUCCUGGCCCUUCCCACCUCCCCGCGCCAGGGAGGGAGGGGCCCCGGGCGUGUGGAUGCUCGCAGUCCCGCACCCCAGUGUCCCCGCUCCAGAGUCGGGGCUGCCUUUCCGCUCGCAGCUUCUCCGGCCGAGGUCUGAGACCGGCGCCCACGAAGGCGGCAGGACGGUUACCUGUCUCCCGCGACGCAGGUGUCGUCUGAGCAUCGAUCGAGCCGGUGUCCCCGGCACUCGCCACUCGCGCAUUCAACCGGACGCCAGCACCCUCCCCGAAGGCAGCGGUGCCCGACCCCGGACGGCUCUCGGGAUGCCCCAGCGCGGUGCCCCCGCCAACCGAGCCUGUCUCCGCCCGUCCAGGGAGGAUGCGCUUCUCUGCGCGCCGCUCGCCUCAUCCGCUCUUCGCGUCCGUGCAGAACGGAGGCAAAAGGUUGGCCAUUUGCUGUCUUUUCGUUUGCAGGGCGUCUGGAAAGAGGCAGGACUUUAUGAGGGCCCCUCUGCGAAGAAACGCGGGCGAACGCCCUCUGGGCGCCGGGAGAUGUCCGGUGCCACCGGGGAGACGCGGGCUCGGCCCCGGAGAGCUGGAGCGCUCGGGUCCCGCUCUCCCCGUCGCCCGUGCGCGCCGCCAACACCCGGACUGCUUCUGUUGAACGCGGGGUGUGUGUGUCUGCGCAGGACCGAGACAGAGCGAGACCCCCGAGACAAAGCCCGAUCCUGUAGCAGACGUCGCCAAGGGCUGGAUCCGAGCGCCCUGGCUCCGAGGCGGGGUCGACGAACCGCGUUCAUCCUCCUUGGAGAGGAGGUGACUCCUCCAACUGCACAGCUCCGGGCAUUGUGGUGUUCCGGGGUCCCGGGAGAAGCUGGGCCACCAGGCGGAGGGUUCCAAGCAGACAGAUCACGCAAGGGAUGUCCAUGCUGACUCUUCUGCUCCAGGUGGGACACAUUAGGGACCCCACAGAGGCGGGGGCGGGUCCUGCCUCUGCUAGUUCAAGCCAAGCCCUGUUGAAACACAUCCUUGGCUGUGCAGGUGAGGGAUUCUCCUUGCUAUUGGAGCAAGGAGAGUAAUGCUCAUCUUCAGAGGCUUCUGGGCAGAUGCUGGGUGCACUCUCAGCAACAAGGACCAAAAAAACAGAGCAGGGAAGGCAGGAUUUCAUGAGACCCUUUAGGCUCUGAGAUGGGGUGAGGGAGCCUAUGGAGAGUCUGAGAUACUGAAGGAAUCUAUGAAGAAAUGAAGGAGUCAGGACCUAGAGCAGUGAGUUAGGCAGAUGCCUGGCUCCUGCCCUUUCUGAGAAUAAUGCCUCCUUGGGGGCCGGGUGGCAGGAAGCACAACCACCUCAUCCCCCACUUGUCCCCCUCGCAGAACAGACACUCAAUAAGCAUUUUUUGGGUGGCAUUAAAUGGAUUUCACACCCUCCCUGUCCCAUGAGCUCUUAAUAGACCAGGAAACACACACACUGCCCAGCUCCCAUGCUAGACGCAGGUUUCAUGGCUCUGUCUGCCCCUUGGCUGUCCUUUACAAUGCCAAAUGUGACUGAGCUGAAGGCCAGUCAUGCCCAAGUGUGUAAGAUGGAAGUUUGCUCCAGGGGAGCUUGGGAGGAGGGUGGGCAGACCCUAGUUCAGGGACUUCUUGCAAGCCCACUAAGCACCCUUCAGGAAUUGGAGGGAUAGCAGAGUGGCUUCCUAGGUCUAGUCAGACUGCAAUAAAAAUGUUGGGCUCCAGGAUUGCAAAGGGACUGUAGGUUUGACUGUUUGUGUCCUGAAGCCUGGGGGGAGAAGUGGUAGCAGUCACUAUUUUUGUUUGGGGGCCACACCCGGUGGUACCCAGGGCUUACUCCUGGCUCUGCACUCAGGAAUCACUCCUGGUGGGGUUUGGAGGACCACAUGUGGUACCAGAGAUCAAACCCGAGUCAACUGCAUGCAAGGCGAGAGCCUUACCCCCGCACUAUUGCUCCAGCCCUGCGCUCACCUCUUUUGGGUGUUUUGAGUAGACCGGGCACUGUGGGAAGCUCUCCGACUGCCUCCUUAGAGCCCCGCCAUCUUUAGCUGUGUCCACUGUUAUGAUUGGUGGGGCCAGGAUUGAAACUGGGGAGAUGGUAUUGGGGGAGAAAGGGACACUUCGAAAGCUGAUGCAGAGGUGCGACGAACCCAAGGAGCCGAAGGUGAGUCUUGCUUAGAAGAAACAGCGUUUGGCCUGUGCUGGUGUAAACCAACCCUCACUCCCAUCUAGAGUGGCCUCCUGGAGUCCUUGGGAACCAAACUGUGUUCUCCUAAAAUCCAACAUGUUCCAGUCCUAUUUUUCGGCAUGACUGCAUUUAGAGACAGUCCCUCUAGUAAGGAACAAGGGCUAAAUGAGACUACCUUAAGGAUGGGGCCCUGGUGUGGGUUUGUGUCCUGAAAAGACUCAGCAGACCUCACCUGCUCACCUCCUCGGCUGAGGACGGUGGGAGGGCAGCUGUCUGUGCGCCAGGAAGAGCCCUCACCCGAAAGCUCGCCUCUCACACCCUCAUCCGGAACACCCGGCUGCGGGAACAGUGAAAAAUGAAAUGUCUGCUGCUUAAGCUAACCCCGUCGUAGUGUUCUGUUACGGCGCCCAAGCAGGAUUCAGAUGCUGGAUGUGUCGGCUCUGGGUCAGCCCGGCUACGAGGUGGCCAGCUGAUAAGGCUAGAGGUCAGCUCUCCAGAAACACACAGACAGUGUUGCCCGUGGCUCAAAGCCCCCCUCCCCAAACCCUGCAACUAAGAGCCUAAGUUUCUUUCCCUUCCGGUUCCACUGCAGACUGAUGAGAUAGUGGCGUUCGUGGUCAGUAAACCCUGAACAAGUGCUUAUUCUAGAGAGAGGUGCUCUGCCUGUUUCUCUCAUGCUGUGAGAGGGGAGAGCUGGGCUGGGCCGUAUGUCCAGUUACAGAUGAGGACUCUGGAGGACAGAGAGGUUCAGUGGCCCAAGAUCUCGCAACCAAGUAGUGGCAGGUCCAGGAUUCAAACUGAGGAUCCCAGCUGCCCUCCUAACCAAUGAGUGAGGUUUUUUUUUUUUUCCAUAGUGACAUUCUUUUUUAAAAUUUAUUUAUUUAUUUAUUUAUUUAAAUUAGUGAAUCACCGUGAGUGUAUAGUUAUAGAUUUACACAUUUUCGUGCUUCUGUUUCCGUCAUACAAUGUUCAAGAACUCAUCCCUCCACCAGUGCCCAUUCUCCACCACCAGUGGACCCAGUAUCCCUCCCACCCCCAACGGGUGACGUUUUGAGGAAAGAAACAUAUGCCCGUAUCCACUCUUUGGGCACUGUCCAGCACUGAUGGCUCCACAGGUCUACUCUGGCCACCCUCAUCUUCCUCUCCGCUGCGAGCAGCUCUGUUAGGAAAGGGAGUUGGGGAGGCGGGGGCAGUCCUAUAGCAGGGGCUCGGAAGAGCUGAAUCACGUGAUCUCAGAAGACUUAGCCCUGAAUCACAUCAUCUCAGAAGACUUAGCCCUGGGCUUUCCAACCUCCAGACCCCUGGGCUCUACCCCGCAGGAAGGCUCCGAGACACUGAUUAUUUCCUCACCUGGCAUGCAUGAACAACUGCCAGCAUUAAUCUUAAUUUUUUUACUGGAGCAAUAGUACAGUGGGUAGGGCAUCUGCCUUGCAGGUGGCCCGACCGGGUUCCAUUCCUCCAUCCCUCUCAGAGAGCCCGGUAAGCUACUGAGAGUAUCCCGCCUGCACAGCAGAGGCUGACAAGCUACCCGUGGCAUAUUCGAUAUGCCAAAAACAGUAACAACAAGUCUCACAAUGGAGACGUUACUGGUGUCCACUCGAGCAAAUUGAUGAACAAUGGAAUGACAGUGCUACAGUGCUACAGUGCAGAAAUAGACCAAGGUCCAGAGAACUUAGCUCCACAUGCAUAGCACACAUUUCACCUGCAUAAAGCCCUCAUUUGAUCUCUGGCACUGCAUGGUCCCCUGAGCAAUGCCAGGAGCAACUGCUGAGCACAGAGUCAGGAGUAGCCCCUGGUGGGAGUACUGGUGGGAGUGUCCCAGAACAACAACAACAACAAUAACAAUAAUAAAAACAGCCAGCAGGAUCUCCUGGAUGGCCAAACAGUGCUUUAAUUGUCAUAGGCCUUCUGGCAAAAGAACCCUGGGGAGGCCAAGUACAGAGAUCUCGUGACUUAUCCAUCACAUUGAAUUCGUCGCGUCUGUUUGAAAUGUAGCUGGCUUUGUGUCAGGUUAGAACACUGUCUUAGCUUUUCCAGGGGUAGAGGACUGAAAGGACAAAGCUUUCCUCCUCCCUUUGUGCUUGCACAUAUUUCAGUCUAUUGAUAAUAUUAUCGGUGGUGGGGAGGGACUGCGGGGUUUCCGUCCCCCCGCCCUGGAAGAAAGCAGCGUGUGUAUUACUCAAGUGUGAGAAGCGUGCAUUUAAUUCAUUCUGACCAAGGAGAAAAUAAGCCUCACACAUUGGUGCCCCACACAGCCCUUGCCACCUGGACGGCCCCCGGCCUCCGUGCAGCUCCCCCACGGCUGCCUUCGAGGGGAAAUAUGACAGCGUAAUGAACAGUUGUACGAUGUGCUAUAAAAAGGCAAUUAAGGGAACUAUUGGACUGGGACAAGCCAGCGUGACCUGGUUAAUAGCUCUGAGCGGAGCAGGCUGUGGGGAGGCGACUGGGGGGGAGGGGCAGAAGCUCCUCAUGGCGCACACCGAGGGCCCCGGUGCCAACCCUGCAACCAGUGGGCCCAGGGUUACCCGGACUGGAUGUGGGUCCAGAGCUCUCUCUGGCGUCUGUGCUGCCACUUCCUGUUGAGUGGCCCUGGGCAGGGGAUCAUGGUUACACAGCUUCCUUCCAUUGACUCAUCCAUCAAAUGGAGAUAAAAAAAAAAUUGCUGUGGCUAGAGCUCUGGUCCUGGCAAUGCCUAGAGCUGCCCAUGGAGGUUAAAGAAAGAGGAUGAGGAGAUGUUUUGGUUUGGGGGACACACCCAGAGAUGCUCAGGGCUUACUCCUGGCUCUGUGCUCAGUGAUCGCUCCUGGCAGGGCUCGGGGGAGCUUAUGGGAUGCAGGGGGUCGAACCUGGGAUGGCUGCAUGGGAGGCCAGCGCCCUGCCCCUGUGCUCACACUCCGGCCCCAGGAAGGAGCCUGUGUCCCAGCGGGUCUUCCAACUGUACACGGCCAUGCUUCCAACUGUACACGGCCAUGCUUGUGUGAGUGCCCCAUCCCCAGGCUCUCCAUUCUCAGGGGAUGUGGGCUGCUGAGCAGACUUUCUGGAAUCUUCCACAUCAUCAUCCAUCCUGAGGUCGCCUUUCACCUCUUCUCCGAUUUCCUUGUCUCCUCAACCCCCUUCGUUCCACACGCCCCCCGUGUGUGAU